AGGUGCUGAAUUUAGCGUGAUCGUCAGACGCCCAUCAUCUCAAAAUACCGCCCGAGGCGCGGACACCUGAUCAGCCCCAACUAACGAGAACCAAACGCCCUGCGGCGAUCAUCACGUGACCCCUAACGAGCGGCGUGUAUCAGCAGCGUGAGAGGUCACGUGACAGACCAACUAACGAGCUCCAAGCCGAAAGAAAAGCCGUGGUGUGCGUUCGACCGUAGCUAACGUGCUGUGUGUGGCCUACCAGAGACUAUUAUUUUUUCCGCAGUGUAAAUGUGAGGAGGUGUAAAUCGUAACGCUGCGUGCGACCUACGGUGAAUUUAGCCUCGGGCUAUAGGUCAUCUGACUGAUGUAGCUAUAGAGAAGACAGAUGUGAAGGUAUGCUCUUCGAGCAAGGUUUGAUAAAAGUGAACAAAGUGUCGUCUUCUUAGCCAGCGAAGAAGUGCAGAAAGAGAAGUGAUCUGAAGUGAAGAUGGAUUUUCCGUUUGUGUUCUUCAACGGGUCGAGAAUGCCGCCAGGAUUUCCAGCUAUCUCUGAGGAGAGUGAGGAGGUGAUUUUCGAGGACAUCAAACCGCUCCGAUCGACCCUGUGUCUAGGACCCGGCGUCAGCUUUAUCGACGAUAUCGACGACCUCGCCGAGAUUCUCCGAGUCAGUCAAGUGACCGAGUCCGGUCUGCCGGCCACCUCACGACCUCAGUUGGUGCGUUCGCGGACGCUGCCCGCCAUCGUCGUGCCCGGAGCAGGGGACGGCGACCCAGACUCGCAGGAUGAUGGCGUCGACAAGAAAGACGGUCGUCACGCGAUAUCGAACACUGCGUCACCUAUCGGCGGAGUUCGGAACUUCAGCCUGCGCAGCCCGCCGAGUCCGGCGCUACUGCGGGUUCCCAACACUGACUCGCGAAUCAAUGCGUUAUCUAGGCUGCUGAGCCCCGAUCGGCCUUCGUGGACUAGCCUCAACGACUCUAGUGCCGACUGCAGUCCUACACCGCUGCGACGCUCCACAUCCAUAGACAGCCUGAACCGGCCCAGUCCGCCUCGCAGCCAACCAGAGGACAGCUCUGACAGCCCUCCGAAGCCGGCCAGCCAAUCACAGUCGCGGAAAGGCAGCGCCGAGUCGCCCGGGAUCCGCCGCAGGCUCUACAAGGACAAACUAG